ACGUCUCCGAACCAUGCCAGGUCCUACAACCAUCCCACUCUGUUCGACUUCAAAGCUUCUGCUGGGAACCUUGGGCGGUAUUUCCACUGCUGCUGCCUUCCAUCUGUAUCAAAAGUCGCAGAGCUCUGGCAGGGUGAUACCUGGAAUCCCCAUAUUGGAUAACACCUCUGUGCCACGAAAGUCAAGGGAUGAAACAAGCACAAUCUACCAGACGGUGGCGAAUGACACCGCCCUAAUUGUCAUCAGUGGGCUGGACACAAUCCCGCACCUUUAUUCCCAAUCAAGUCCGGUUCACACAUCCCUCCUUCAUUUGGAGAAUUACAAGGCUCUAACGAGUUGCGACAAUGCUGAACGGGCGCUCGAAGUUUUGGACGAAGCCUGGGUUCCCAGUUUACUGGAAGCUGCUUCCGAAUCGUCACAGCACUCCCUACACAGAAGGCUUCAAGUUGACGCAGAAUUCUCGUCGUUAUUCCGUAACAUUGGCAUCAAGGCUCUCAGGUUGAGCCAACCAUCGAACCAACCACUGUCCGACUUUGUUUUCCACAGCGUUUUCCGCGCCACGGCUUCCGCAUUCCUCGGACCCACCUAUCCCAUCGAAACAUCGAGUGACUACCUCACGAUUUUGAAAAGCCACCCCGUGCUAACAUCGUCAUCGUUCAAAUCCCCGUCGGGCUUGGAAUUGGAAAGAGCAAGAUUGGGGGUGAUGAAGUCGCUGGUCCAGUAUCUGGAGGAGUGGUGGUAUCUGGAUGGAUACGGGGAUAUCGAGGGAGCGAGCCCUCUGCUGUUAAAACUGCUGAGAGUGGCGAAAGAGGAGGAACUGGGUAUUGACGAAGCCGCGGCAAACCUUCUAUUCAUCCUGUAUCAUAUCAUCCUUCCCUCUUGGACCGCAUCGACUCGUAUCCUUUCCAGCUACUUGCACAUGGUUGAGCCUCGACCUUCCCUCCUAGACCCGACGGUACUGGCCUCGUGGAUUGACGACACGCUUGCAACACUUCGUCCCGGGUAUUAUGGCCCUCUACCCGCACGCAGCCUCGGAUUAUGUGUGUCGGUCGCGGUAGGCGAGAAGGAAUACAACCUACCUCCAGGAACACUCGUCAUCGAUAGUUCAGCACUUGCUUGCAGUUACUCCACGGUGUCGAGCUCCCUGCUUGAAAAGGGAGUUGCGACGAGGCCGUCCGAGCAUGGAGCAACCUUUGAAUUGGCGAGAACAGUUGUUCGAGCCGCCAUUCUCAAGUCAUCCGAGCACCUUGAGAUGUCUAUGAUUCCAAAUGAGAAGGUCAAGGUUCCGACAGGUGCUGUCGGCAACCGUGUUCUGCUCGAGCUCAGAAGAUAUUCGCCAGUGAAUGCGAAGUCUUAA